CCCAGUUCGCGAUCGCGAGGUCUUCGUCUCCGCCUGGGUCCAGCGCUGGGAUUUCCGCGCCCUCCACCCACACAGCCAACGACGUUGCCGCAAUGGCGGAGCCGGUCUCCUCCGCGGCGGCCAGCGGCGGCGGGAGACUCCGCAACGCCUUCGGCGGCGUGCUCUGCGCCUUCACGCUCCUCCUCAUCGGCGUCGUCGCGUUCUCGAUCCGCCUCUUCUCCGUAAUCAAGUACGAGAGCGUGAUCCACGAGUUCGACCCCUACUUCAACUUCCGCGUCACUCAGUUUCUGUCGAAGAAUGGAAUUUACGAGUUCUGGAACUGGUUUGAUGAUAGGACAUGGUAUCCCCUUGGCCGUGUGAUUGGUGGCACUGUGUAUCCUGGUUUGACAUUGACUGCUGGAACUAUGUGGUGGUUGGUGAACGCUCUUAACAUCCCAUUGUCUGUGGAGACAGUUUGUGUGUUCACUGCUCCAAUUUUCUCGGCAAAUGCUUCCUGGGCUACUUACCUGUUAACAAAGGAAGCAAAGGGCACAGGAGCUGGAUUAAUGGCAGCAGCCAUUUUGGCAAUGGUCCCCUCAUAUAUCUCAAGAUCUGUUGCAGGCAGCUAUGAUAAUGAAGCUGUGGCAAUAUUUGCCUUGAUAUUUACAUUUUAUCUGUAUGUAAAGACACUGAACACAGGGUCGCUCUUUUAUGCAACGCUCAACGCUCUUUCCUAUUUCUACAUGGUCUGCUCUUGGGGAGGCUACACAUUCAUUAUCAACCUUAUCCCAAUGCAUGUUCUCUUGUGCAUUGUUACUGGUCGUUAUUCUUCGCGGCUCUACAUUGCAUAUGCUCCCCUUGUUAUACUUGGAACACUUCUAGCAGCCUUAGUACCUGUGGUUGGUUUUAAUGCAGUAAUGACCUCUGAGCACUUUGCAUCAUUUCUGGUGUUCAUAAUCCUUCACGUGGUUGCUCUUGUGUAUUACAUCAAAGGGCUUUUGACUCCUAGGCUGUUCAAAGUUGCUAUGACUCUUGUCAUAUCUGUUGGCUUAGCUGUUUGUUUUGCAGUAGUAGCUGUACUUGUCGCAUUGGUGGCAUCUAGUCCAACAAAAGGCUGGAGUGGCCGCAGCUUGAGUCUACUUGACCCAACUUAUGCAAGCAAGUACAUCCCCAUCAUUGCCAGUGUCAGUGAACACCAACCUCCUACCUGGCCCUCUUAUUUUAUGGACAUCAAUGUGUUGGCCUUCCUGAUUCCUGCUGGGAUUAUUUCAUGCUUCUUGCCUUUGUCUGACGCAAGCUCCUUCAUGGUCUUGUACUUAGUCACUGCAGUGUAUUUUUCUGGAGUAAUGGUGCGGCUUAUGCUUGUCCUUGCUCCUGCUGCGUGCAUUUUAUCUGGGAUUGCUCUCUCUGAAGUUUUCGGUGUCCUCACACGAUCCAUUAAAUUUCAGCUGUCAAAAUUAUUUGAUGAUAGCUCUGCUGCUGUUUCUGCUUCUGGUGACAGUGGCCCAGAGAGUUCUACAAAUUCAACAAAAAGUGAAAAUAGGAAUGAAAAAUCUGAAACAGCUCCAAAGGAAAAACCAUCAAAGAAGAACCGAAAGAAGGAAAAAGAAGUGGCAGAGAGUGUUCCUGUAAAGCCUAAAAAAGAAAAGAGGCUUUUGGUUCUGCCUUUUGAAUUAUCCAUUAUGGGUAUUUUGUUGCUGAUUGUGCUAGGUGGUUUCUAUGUAGUCCAUUGUGUAUGGGCAGCAGCUGAAGCGUACUCCGCACCUUCAAUCGUGCUGACAUCUCGUUCACGUGAUGGAUUGCAUGUUUUUGAUGAUUUCCGUGAAGCUUAUGCAUGGCUGAGCCAUAACACAGAUGUUGACGACAAGGUUGCUUCCUGGUGGGACUAUGGUUACCAAACAACUGCAAUGGCCAACAGAACUGUGAUUGUAGACAAUAAUACCUGGAACAACACUCACAUAGCAACAGUUGGUACAGCAAUGUCAUCCCCGGAAAAAGCAGCUUGGGAAAUCUUCAAUUCUUUAGAUGUCAAAUAUGUGCUUGUUGUCUUCGGAGGGCUUGUUGGCUACCCUAGUGAUGAUAUCAAUAAGUUUCUUUGGAUGGUUCGCAUAGGAGGUGGUGUAUUCCCACACAUCAAGGAGCCAGAUUAUCUUAGGGAUGGCCAGUACCGUGUUGAUGCUCAAGCCACUCCUACUAUGCUGAAUUGCCUCAUGUACAAGCUUUGCUAUUACAGGUUUGUGGAGACUGAUGGAAAAGGCUUCGACAGAGUAAGAGGAUAUGAAAUUGGAAAGAAGCAUUUCAAGCUAACACAUUUUGAGGAGGUAUUCACAACCCACCAUUGGAUGGUCCGUAUUUAUAAACUGAAACCCCAGAAGAACAGGGUUCGAGGCAAGUUGAAGAAGUUGAAAUCUAAUGCCAAAACUAGUUCCACCCUUGUGGCAGGCCGAAAGAAGAACCCGUGGCAAUAGAUGAAGUUAACAAUAGUGUCAUUUACUUGAUACUUGCUGUUGCUAGGUCAACUGCACUAAGCUUGUGAACCAGAAAACCACAGGACUAGAUUAGAGAUAUCUGCACUGUUGUUGUAUUUGACCCUCGUUAUAUGUUCUUGGAACCGGCCAGCGGGGUGCUGAUGAAAUUUUUGAUAGACCUGAGCAAAUUUUUCGCGCCCUUUUUCUGGUAUACUGUUCGUGUCGUUUGCACUGAAGAUGCAAGAUUGAAAGGCGUCUGUUAGAACGAGGUCAGAAUGGUCGUGGGUGUAUUUGCUGCCAUUAAUUUAACGUUGAAUCACACGCCUUAAAAUUUCAAUUCAACUAUUUGAUGGGUUGCUUU